AUUUCUGUUAAAUUGAAACUGAAACCAAGGGACUGGUGAUGACGUAAGCUCUCAUGGACCAUGCAUGGACCUGAUAGGAAAUCAGUUUGGUAGGCAGGGCAGGCAGUGGUGUGGCGAAGGCCUAUUCCUUGAAGAAGCUGUGCUUCAGUCGAUUCGACAUCAUCGAACACAACUUUCUCUGUUUACUUGAAUCACAACAGUUUGUUUCAGUAGGCUAUGCCGAAAGCAAAACGGAAACGUCGCAUUGAAAAUGUAGCAGCCACUCAACCGUCAAUGAAAAUUCUACAAACUGAAGACGCGGAUCCGUAUCGAUGCCCAGUCUGUCUGGAGUUAUUAAACGAUCCAGUGACUAUUCCUUGCGGACACAGUUACUGCUUGCAGUGCAUUACUGAAUGUUGGAAUCAAGAGGAAAAGAAAAGUGUUGACCCAAGAUGUCCACAGUGCAGGGAGACCUUCACCACCAGGCCUGUUCUGAAGAUAAGUGUUAUAUUGGCCGAGUUGGUGAGCAAAUUCAAGACCACACAGCCCCAAGAUGCUCCUCAGCAGCCUUUUGCUGGCCGGGACGAUGUGAUGUGUGAUUUUUGCACAGGGAAAAAACUCAAAGCCGUCAAGUCUUGUCUUGUUUGCGUUGCAUCUUAUUGUGAGAUGCACAUCCAGCCUCACUACCAGUCCGCUGCUUUUAAGAAGCACACCCUAUCCAAGGCCUCCGCCGAGCUUCAGGAUAACAUCUGCCCUCAGCACAACAGACUCCUUGACGUCUUCUGCCGCACGGAUGGGCUGUGCAUCUGUGCUUUGUGUGUGAUGGAGAAGCAUCAAGGCCAUGACAAUGUCUUGGCGGCAAAGGAAAGGAAAGAGCAGCAGAAAUCAUUUCAGGACGCAACAGACUUGUGCAAGAAGAUGCUUGGCCGGAGGAAGGAGGAGCUGGCCUUGCUGGUCAAUGGUACUCAGUAUAUCAAGGAUGCAGCAAAGGAGGCAGACCACCUCUGUGAUGCUAUAUCCACUGAACUGCACCGACAUGUUGACUGGGCUCUUGCGAAGAUGAGAGGGCGAAUUAAAGAGAAGCAGAAGGAAGCCGAGAGCGAAGCGGAGAAAACCAGGAAGGAGCUGAAGCAGGAGAUCGCUGAGCUGACCAGGAAGGAGACCGUGCUGCAGGAGCUCGCCCAGAAAGAUGAUGUUCACUUCCUACAGGAACUGCAUCAAAUUCCAUCUCAGUGUGCGACCAAGAGCUUCCGCCUCCCUCCUGUUUCAUUUGGCCUAAUCCGGAAAACAGUCAAUGACUUCAAGGACAACGUGAAGGAGGCCUGCUCCAAAUUUGAAAAGAAGGUUUCUCAGCAAGAGACCACCAUCCUCUUUGAAAUGAAGGACUUCAGUAAAUUCAGUGGAAGUGUCAAAAGUCCUCCAGUUCUUUUGGAAAAUCAUCCCUGGAAAAUCUUGGUAGACCGUAGAUCAGAAUCGACGGGAACAUAUCUGGCCUUCUAUCUGGAUGCAGGUUACCUGGACAAAUCAUUUGUGGUGGACGCAGUUCUGGAGGUCAUUAAUCAACGUGACAGGAAGAACUCAAUAAGUCAGAAAAUAAGCCACACGUUCUGUGAGGAGCAGGUUGACUGGGGAUUCGGCAGAUUCAUGGCAUGGGAUGACUUGAUGGAUCCAGGCAAGGGAUUUCUGAAAGAUGAUAAAGUCAUCUUCUUGGCUACUCUUUGGGUGAAUAGGGAGGGUUGAUUGGUCAUUUUUUCAUUCGAGGACGCAAUCGAGCACUUUCUAAACGGCCUUCGAGACAUAGGUUCCCCACCCAUGUUUAUUAUAUGUUAUUAUAAUGUUACUCCUUUGUAUGUUUUGGAGAAUUAUGUUCAAAGCUAUAAUUAAUACUUAACAAUGACACAUUUUUUUUUGGGGGGGGGGGCGCUGCAUCGGAUAUGUGCACAUUUUUUUCUUUGAACAUGUUGGUUAAUUCAUCUAAUUCAAUAAAUAUGUGUCUUUGGGUCUGUCAAAUUUUA